CAGGAACACAAACUCCAAAUUACUUCACCAACAAGUCAAAAAGCUCUCUCUCUUCCUUCACCAACAAAUCAGAAGAUUGAUCCUUACUUACCAAACAAAAAUUCGAAACCAAUGGAUCAGACUAACAGAUCAUUUCACCAACAAGACAACACCGAAGCUAUGUUGUGCGAGAGAGUAGAGAAGACGAACGUGGCUGUGGCGGCAGAUCCGUUGAACUGGGGUGCUGCGGCGGAGCAGAUGAAAGGGAGCCAUUUGGAUGAGGUGAAGAGGAUGGUUGAGGAGUACCGUAGGCCUUUGGUCAAUCUCGGAGGAGAGACGCUGACGAUCGGACAAGUGGCGGCGAUCUCCAACGUUGGCGGUGGGGUUAAGGUUGAGCUAGCGGAGGCUUCGAGAGCUGGCGUGAAAGCUAGCAGUGACUGGGUUAUGGAAAGUAUGGGCAAAGGUACUGAUAGUUACGGUGUCACCACCGGGUUUGGAGCUACCUCUCACCGGAGAACUAAAAACGGUGCCGCAUUGCAGACGGAACUCAUCAGAUUUUUGAACGCCGGAAUAUUCGGGAACACGAAGGACACAUGCCACACGCUACCGGAAUCCGCCACAAGAGCCGCCAUGCUCGUCCGAGUCAACACACUCCUCCAAGGAUACUCCGGGAUCCGAUUCGAAAUCCUCGAAGCGAUCACCAGCCUCCUCAACCACAACAUCUCUCCAUCUCUCCCCCUCCGUGGAACCAUAACCGCCUCCGGCGAUCUCGUCCCCCUCUCCUACAUCGCAGGUCUCCUCACCGGCCGUCCCAACUCCAAAGCCACCGGUCCCAACGGUGAAUCCCUAACCGCCGAGGAAGCUUUCAAAAAAGCCGGAAUCACUUCCGGAUUCUUCGAUCUCCAGCCUAAGGAAGGCCUCGCGCUCGUCAACGGCACGGCGGUUGGUUCCGGCAUGGCGUCGAUGGUUCUAUUCGAAGCGAAUGUUCAGUCGGUUUUAGCGGAGGUUUUAUCGGCGAUCUUCGCGGAGGUGAUGAGCGGGAAGCCGGAGUUCACCGAUCAUUUGACUCACAGGCUCAAACAUCACCCCGGACAAAUCGAAGCGGCGGCGAUCAUGGAGCAUAUCCUCGAUGGGAGCUCGUAUAUGAAGUUAGCUCAAAAGCUUCACGAGAUGGAUCCGUUGCAGAAACCUAAACAAGACCGUUACGCACUACGCACGUCUCCUCAAUGGCUUGGUCCUCAGAUAGAGGUGAUCCGUUACGCGACGAAAUCGAUCGAACGUGAGAUUAACUCCGUUAAUGAUAAUCCGUUGAUCGACGUUUCUAGGAACAAAGCCAUUCACGGUGGUAACUUCCAGGGGACACCAAUCGGAGUUUCGAUGGACAACACGCGUUUGGCGGUUGCAGCGAUUGGGAAGCUCAUGUUUGCUCAAUUCUCAGAGCUGGUUAACGAUUUCUACAACAAUGGUUUACCUUCAAACUUAACAGCUUCUAACAAUCCAAGCUUGGAUUACGGGUUCAAAGGAGCAGAGAUAGCUAUGGCUUCUUACUGCUCUGAGCUUCAGUACUUAGCGAAUCCAGUUACUACUCAUGUUCAAUCAGCUGAACAGCAUAACCAAGAUGUUAACUCAUUAGGACUCAUCUCGUCUCGUAAGACUUCAGAAGCUGUUGACAUUCUCAAGCUGAUGUCUACGACUUUCCUUGUUGCUAUAUGUCAAGCUGUUGACUUGAGGCAUCUUGAGGAGAAUCUGAGACAGACUGUGAAGAACACUGUUUCUCAAGUGGCGAAGAAAGUGUUGAUCACUGGAGUCAACGGGGAGACUCAUCCCUCACGUUUCUGUGAGAAAGACUUGCUUAAGGUGGUUGAUCGUGAGCAAGUGUUCACCUACGUUGAUGACCCCUGUAGCGCUACUUACCCUUUGAUGCAGAAGCUAAGACAAGUCAUUGUUGAUCACGCUUUAGCCAACGGUGAGAGUGAGAAGAAUGCAGAGACUUCAAUCUUUCAAAAGAUUGGAGCUUUUGAGGAGGAGCUAAAGAUGGUUCUUCCUAAGGCAGUUGAUGCGGCUAGAGAGGCUUACGGUAAUGGAAGCUCGAUGAUUCCGAACAGGAUUACGGAGUGUCGGUCUUAUCCAUUGUAUAAGUUCGUGAGGGAGGAGCUUGGAACGAAGUUGUUGACCGGAGAAAAGGUUGUGUCCCCGGGAGAGGAGUUUGAUAAGGUGUUCACUGCAAUGUGUGAAGGUAAGAUUAUUGAUCCAUUGAUGGAUUGUCUCAAGGAAUGGAACGGAGCUCCGAUUCCGAUAUGCUAA